CCCACUGGUGGGUGGAACGUGUUGAGCGGGACGCGGAGGUCGAGCCUGGUGGCCGCUCGGAACCCUCAACAUACUAUCUAACGUGGUAUUUCAUUUAGCCCACGUUGGGAUUAAUUCAUUGCGGGCAGCUUCGCUGGUCUGGCUCCUCCAGGAGCUGGGCAACCUUGACGGGCUUUUUGUCUUGCUGCUCCAGCCCCCUUUCCCUUCCUCCUCCUCCAGAUGCCUUUUCUCUGCCCCUCCUCGCCCGGUACAGACAUUUCCAGCGCAAGCUGCCGCUCGUGGCUGCUGUCGAAGCCGCUUCUCGGGAUUUCGGCUUGUUCCCCUCUGGGGUGUUUUUUGAGGAGGGAGAGUUUUUCUCCCCUCCACGAUGGGAUUUUCUUCCUGUGCCAAAAUGGACUUUCACUGAUUUCUACUUACUUCUUCAACGUUUAGUGAUCAAUUCCCUAGGCGUAUUUUUGUGGUAGUUCCCUUUUUCAAAUACAUUAUCUGUAAAAUGGAGAACGAAAUUUUUACUCCCCUCCUGGAGCAGUUUAUGACCAGCCCCUUGGUCACUUGGGUUAAAACGUUUGGACCUCUGGCUGCAGGAAAUGGGACCAACCUGGAUGAAUAUGUGGCUUUGGUUGAUGGGGUAUUCUUGAACCAGGUCAUGCUCCAAAUCAAUCCUAAAUCGGAGAGUCAGAGAGUAAAUAAAAAGGUCAACAAUGAUGCAUCACUUAGAAUUCAUAAUCUAUCCAUUUUGGUGAGACAGAUAAAAUUUUAUUACCAGGAGACUUUGCAGCAAUUGAUCAUGAUGUCAUUGCCAAAUGUCUUAAUCAUUGGCAAAAAUCCUUUUUCUGAACAAGGCACAGAAGAAGUUAAAAAGUUGCUUUUACUUUUACUGGGUUGUGCAGUUCAGUGUCAGAAAAAAGAAGAAUUUAUUGAAAGAAUUCAAGGUUUAGAUUUUGAUACAAAAGCAGCAGUUGCCGCACAUAUUCAAGAGGUAACCCAUAAUCAGGAAAAUGUGUUUGAUCUGCAAUGGAUGGAAGUGACUGAUAUGUCUCAGGAGGAAAUAGAGCCACUCUUGAAAAAUAUGGCAUUACAUCUAAAAAGACUUAUAGAUGAAAGAGAUGAACAUUCAGAGACUAUCGUAGAACUCUCUGAAGAACGGGAUGGUCUUCAUUUUUUACCCCAUGCCUCUUCAUCUGCACAGUCACCCUGUGGUUCUCCAGGCAUGAAGCGAACAGAAAGUCGACAACAUCUGUCAGUGGAACUGGCAGAUGCUAAGGCAAAGAUAAGAAGGCUUAGGCAGGAAUUGGAGGAAAAGACUGAACAGUUGUUGGACUGUAAACAAGAACUUGAGCAAAUGGAAAUAGAACUAAAAAGGCUGCAACAAGAGAACAUGAAUUUGCUUUCGGAUGCUCGUUCCGCUAGAAUGUACCGAGAUGAAUUAGAUGCACUUCGGGAGAAGGCAAUCAGAGUGGAUAAGCUUGAAAGUGAAGUCAGCAGAUACAAAGAAAGACUACAUGAUAUUGAAUUUUAUAAGGCAAGAGUUGAGGAAUUAAAAGAAGAUAAUCAAGUUUUAUUAGAAACAAAAACCAUGUUGGAAGAUCAAUUAGAAGGAACUAGAGCUCGUUCUGAUAAAUUACAUGAAUUAGAAAAAGAGAAUUUACAACUGAAAGCUAAACUGCAUGAUAUGGAAAUGGAACGUGAUAUGGAUAGAAAAAAGAUUGAAGAAUUAAUGGAAGAAAAUAUGACUUUGGAAAUGGCACAGAAACAAAGUAUGGAUGAAUCAUUACAUCUUGGCUGGGAGCUGGAACAAAUAUCUAGAACUAGCGAACUCUCUGAAGCACCACAAAAAUCCUUGGGCCAUGAAGUGAAUGAAUUAACAUCAAGUAGAUUAUUGAAGUUGGAGAUGGAAAACCAGAGUCUGACAAAAACUGUCGAAGAACUUCGGAGUACUAUGGAUUCUGCUGAAGGCAACACUUCCAAAAUCCUGAAAAUUGAAAAAGAAAAUCAAAGACUAAGUAAAAAGGUUGAAAUUCUUGAAAACGAGAUUAUUCAAGAAAAGCAAAGUCUUCAGAAUUGUCAGAAUUUAAGCAAGGAUCUAAUGAAGGAGAAGGCUCAACUUGAAAAAACAAUUGAAACACUUAGAGAAAAUUCAGAAAGACAGAUUAAAAUAUUGGAACAGGAAAAUGAACAUCUGAAUCAAACCGUGUCUUCUUUAAGGCAACGAUCCCAGAUAAGUGCUGAAGCGAGGGUGAAAGACAUUGAAAAAGAAAAUAAAAUUCUCCAUGAAUCUAUCAAAGAAACAAGUAGCAAGUUAAGUAAGAUUGAAUUUGAAAAAAGACAAAUUAGGAAAGAAUUGGAACAUUAUAAAGAAAAAGGAGAACGAGCAGAAGAACUUGAAAAUGAGUUGCAUCAUCUUGAGAAAGAAAAUGAAUUGUUACAGAAGAAGAUAACCAAUUUAAAAAUUACUUGUGAAAAAAUUGAGGCCUUAGAACAAGAAAAUUCAGAGCUAGAAAGAGAAAAUAGAAAAUUAAAAAAAACAUUAGAUAGUUUUAAAAACCUUACUUUUCAGUUAGAAUCCCUAGAAAAAGAGAAUUCCCAACUAGAUGAGGAAAACUUAGAACUGCGAAGGAAUGUGGAAUCUUUGAAGUGUGCAAGCAUGAAAAUGGCUCAGCUACAGCUAGAAAAUAAAGAACUGGAAAGUGAAAAAGAGCAACUUAAGAAGGGUUUAGAACUCAUGAAAGCUUCUUUCAAGAAAACAGAACGCUUAGAAGUUAGCUACCAGGGUUUAGAUACAGAAAAUCAGAGGCUACAGAAAGCUCUAGAAAAUAGCAAUAAAAAAAUUCAACAGUUAGAGAGUGAACUACAAGACUUAGAGAUGGAAAAUCAAACAUUGCAGAAAAACCUAGAAGAGUUAAAAAUAUCCAGCAAAAGACUAGAACAGCUAGAAAAAGAAAAUAAAUCAUUAGAGCAAGAGACUUCUCAACUGGAAAAAGAUAAGAAGCAACUGGAGAAAGAAAAUAAAAGACUCCGACAGCAAGCAGAAAUAAAAGAUACCACAUUGGAAGAAAAUAAUGUGAAAAUCGGGAAUUUGGAAAAAGAAAACAAAACCCUUUUCAAAGAGAUCAGCAUUUUUAAAGAAUCCUGCAUUCGUCUGAAAGAAUUAGAGAAAGAAAAUAAGGAGCUUGUGAAAAGAGCAACUAUUGAUGUAAAAACUUUGGUUACAUUACGAGAGGAUUUGGUGUGUGAAAAAUUGAAGACUCAACAAAUGAAUAAUGAUCUUGAAAAAUUAACUCAUGAGCUUGAAAAGAUAGGGUUAAAUAAAGAGCGACUCUUGCAUGAUGAGCAGAGUACUGAUGACAGUAGGUACAAACUUUUGGAAUCAAAAUUAGAAUCGACUCUAAAGAAGUCUCUUGAAAUUAAAGAAGAAAAAAUUGCUGCUUUAGAAGCUCGAUUAGAAGAAUCCACAAAUUACAACCAGCAGUUGCGCCAAGAACUUAAAACAGUGAAAAAGAACUAUGAAGCUCUCAAACAGAGACAAGAUGAAGAAAGGAUGGUACAGAACUCUCCUCCAACUUCUGGUGAAGAUAAUAAAUGGGAGCGAGAAAGUCAAGAAACGACUAGAGAGCUUCUGAAGGUUAAAGACAGAUUAAUUGAAGUAGAAAGAAAUUUUCUUAUGUUAAUUAUUGAGAAUGGAAUAUUUUAUUUUUCGGACGCUAUAAAGCAGACAGUACAGAGACACAAUAGUAUGAAUGCUACAUUGCAAGCAGAGAAGCAAGCACUGAAAACUCAACUGAAGCAACUUGAGACACAGAACAAUAAUUUGCAGGCUCAGAUUCUUGCACUUCAGAGGCAGACAGUGUCCUUACAGGAGCAGAAUACUACUCUUCAAACGCAGAAUGCGAAGCUUCAGGUUGAAAAUUCUACCCUUAAUUCCCAAAGUACUUCACUGAUGAACCAGAAUGCACAACUCCUAAUCCAGCAGUCUUCCUUAGAAAAUGAAAAUGAAGCUGUAAUCAAAGAGCGAGAAGACCUGAAAUCUCUCUAUGAUUCUCUGAUCAAAGAUCAUGAAAAGCUGGAACUUCUUCAUGAACGGCAGGCUUCAGAGUAUGAGUCUCUCAUCGCUAAACAUGGAACUCUAAAGUCUGCCCACAAAAAUCUUGAAGUAGAACAUAAAGACCUUGAAGAUCGUUACAAUCAGUUACUAAAACGGAAAGGACAAUUGGAAGAUUUGGAAAAAACACUGAAAGUAGAACAGGAAAAAAUGCUGCUUGAAAACAAAAACCAUGAGACUAUAGCUGCAGAAUAUAAGAAACUUUGUGGUGAAAAUGAUAGGUUGAAUCAUACAUAUAAUCAGCUUGUAAAAGAAACUGAAGUUUUACAAACUGACCAUAAAAACUUGAAAAGUCUUCUAAAUAAUUCCAAACUGGAACAAACCAGAUUAGAAGCUGAAUUUUCAAAGUUAAAGGAACAAUACCAACAGUUGGACAUCACAUCCACCAAGCUCAAUAACCAGUGUGAGUUGCUAAGCCAACUUAAAGGAAAUUUAGAAGAAGAAAAUCGACAUCUACUAGAUCAAAUUCAGACAUUAAUGCUACAGAACAGAACACUAUUGGAGCAAAAUAUGGAAAGCAAAGAUCUCUUUCAUGUUGAACAAAGACAAUACAUCGAUAAAUUAAAUGAAUUAAGACGACAAAAGGAGAAAUUAGAAGAGAAAAUAAUGGAUCAAUACAAAUUUUAUGACCCAUCUCCCCCUAGAAGGAGAGGCAACUGGAUUACUCUAAAAAUGAGAAAAUUGAUAAAAUCUAAGAAAGAUAUUAAUCGGGAACGUCAGAAAUCUCUUACAUUAACACCUACCCGCUCAGACUCCAGUGAAGGAUUUCUUCAACUCCCCCAUCAAGAUAGUCAAGAUAGUUCUUCAGUAGGCUCAAAUUCUUUAGAAGAUGGCCAAACUUUGGGGACCAAGAAAAGCAGCAUGGUUGCACUGAAAAGACUGCCCUUUUUGAGGAACAGACCGAAGGAUAAAGACAAAAUGAAGGCCUGCUACCGUCGUUCCAUGUCCAUGAAUGACCUGGUGCAGUCCAUGGUCCUAGCAGGAGGACAGUGGACAGGUAGUACUGAGAAUUUGGAGGUUCCUGAUGAUAUUUCAACGGGUAAAAGGAGAAAAGAAUUGGGAGCUAUGGCCUUCUCUACUACAGCCAUCAACUUUUCAACUGUCAACUCUUCUACAGGCUUCAGAUCCAAGCAGUUGGUUAAUAAUAAAGAUACUACAUCCUUUGAAGACAUAAGUCCACAAGGUAUUAGUGAUGAUUCUAGUACGGGAUCAAGAGUUCAUGCUUCAAGACCAGCCAGCCUUGAUAGUAGCAGAACAUCCACUAGCAAUAGUAAUAAUAAUGCUUCACUCCAUGAAGUCAAAGCAGGUGCAGUUAAUAUCCAAAGCAGGCCACAAAGCCACAGCAGUGGAGAAUUUAGCCUGCUUCAUGAUCAUGAAGCUUGGUCCAGCAGUGGUAGCAGUCCAAUCCAAUACUUGAAAAGACAGACCAGAUCAAGUCCAAUGCUCCAGCACAAAAUGCCUGAAACGUUAGAGAGUCGAGCACAUCACAAGAUCAAAACUGGUUCUCCUGGAAGUGAAGUUGUUACUCUACAACAGUUUUUGGAAGAAAGCAACAAGCUUACCUCAAUACAGAUAAAGUCCUCAAGUCAAGAGAAUCUUUUAGAUGAAGUAAUGAAAAGUUUGUCUGUCUCUUCUGACUUUUUGGGAAAAAACAAACCAGUUAGCUGUGGUCUGGCCAGGUCAGUAAGUGGAAAAACCCCAGGAGACUUCUAUGAUAGACGGACAAGUAAGCCUGAACAAUUUAUGAGACCCAGUCCUCGAAAGACUGAAGAUGCCUACUUCAUUAGCUCUCCAGGAAAACCUACCUUAGGCACUCAAGGAAAGAUAAAGUUAGUGAAAGAAACUUCUCUGUCACGACAAUCAAAAGAUAGUAAUCCUUAUGCCACUUUACCUCGUGCAAGCAGUGUGAUCUCUACUGCUGAAGGAACUACUCGAAGGACAAGCAUCCAUGAUUUUCUGACCAAGGACAGUAGACUACCUAUAUCAGUUGAUUCUCCACCAGCUACUGCUGAUAGCAACAUCACUGCAGCAUCUCAUGUGGACAAAGUACAAGAAAGCAGAAAUUCAAAAAGCAGGUCUAGGGAGCAACAAAGCUCCUAAUUCUGUUACCCACUACAUGACAUGUGGGCCAAGUGAGAGAAAAGUGUCCUUCAGUUUCUCAGUGUGAAGCCUUUAUUUCUGAAGUAACAAGACACCCAACUAUAGGAAUCAUUUUAAAAAUCUUUAAGGAGACUUUAAACAAUCCUUCGUGACUAGAGCAGGCAAGAAAUACAAAACCUUCAUUCCUUCCUUGAAUCAAGGAGCACUACUGGAGUCAACUGCCAAAAUUUUUAGAAGGUUUUAGGACUUACUAUACAUUGUAUUGUUAAGAUCUACUGAAUAAAGGAUGUUCUCUCUCUAAGGACCAAGUGUUUUAAGGUUUCAAGAAGUACUCCAAGAACAAUCUACUUCUUUCGUCAUUUGUUUAUGAAUUUAUCCAUGUUUGCUUAAUGCUUCUGCUAAGUAUUAGCCAGAAUCUAGCCAUUUAUAUUUAGUUGUGUAAAUCUAAAAUGCUGUAUGUUGUGGAAUGUACUAUAUAUCAAGAUACAGAGAACAUUGUUUUGGCAUGUCAGAGCCUUAUUUGGUUAGCAGACUGCAUGUGUUGGUAUUCUUUUUUUUUUUUAACUAAUUAUUUUGAUGCACUGCAAAAGAAAUUCAGUUUAUAAGAUAAAUCUGAAAAAUAGGAGUUAUAAAAAAUUUACAGUAAUAUUAAUAUUUCCAUAUUCCUCAUUAAGCAACACUAAGCAUUCACAAUCCAAGGUAAUUAAAGAGAGUGUUUUUCUGAAACUUUUUUAGUAAGGUGGUUUUCCAGCAAAUUGCAUUCCCAAGAUAAAACUGUUGUGUUUUAAUUCAUUUCCCUUCUUUAGUAUUGGGUUAUAUAUGUGUGUCUGUUUUUUUAACAUGAGAGCUGACUAUUGCUUAAGAAGUUUUCUUAUGGCAAAAAAAAAUGUAAAUAAUUUACUAUGAUCUGCAUUUUGCCAGGAACUCAUUUAUUUUUAAGGUUAUCACAUAUUAAUAAGAACUUUUCUGUUUUUGUCCUUUAUAAUAUUGCAUUAAAGUUGGUAACUGUUAUUGGUACUUUUGAAA